UUGUGGCAGGAAGCCGCUGCCGCCCGUGGCUCCCUUUGUGGCAGCCGCCAUGGCGGCCGAGCGGGCUCCGCCGGCCCGGGCCCAACCUCCGCCCCCCGGCCCCGCUCCCGGCCCCGCUCCGGGCCCCGCUCCGGGCCCCGAGCCCGCGGCACGAACCGGCCUCAGCCUGCCGGGCAUCCUGCACUUCAUCCAGCACGAGUGGGCGCGCUUCGAGGCGGAGAAAGGGCGCUGGGAAGCGGAGAGGGCCGAGCUGCAGGCGCAGGUGGCGUUCCUGCAGGGCGAGCGGCAGGGCCAGGAGAGCCUCAAGCUGGACCUGGUGCGGCGCAUCCGCAUGCUGGAGUUCGCCCUCAAGCAGGAGAGGUGGGGCAACCCUAAAAACAUCCAGGAACCCUAA